CGGAAACAAAAGCCGCAGCAGCUUCUAUGCCUACAGGAGAGCCCUCAUCAAACAGGUACAGAGAUGCGCUGACAAACACUCAUCCGAUUCGACCCAUCCACCCAUCCAUGCGCGACGGAUGAAUGCGCCCGUGUGCUGUGCUGUGGUGCUGUGUGUUCUUCUUUCUUAGCCCUCCGUUGAGUCAGUCGGCGUCCACGUGCACUGCCAGGGUGCGCCGUGCACUGAGGGUGUGUGUCCGCGUGAGGCCGCCUCUGGAAAGGGAGCUGGGAGGCUGCCUGCUUUUGCGCCCGGACCAAGUGGUGAUCACACCAACAUGCUGUUGUUGUAUCACUCAUCAAUUGGUCUGUGGUCUUUUCUUUCACCUGUCAGGCGGAGUGUUUGUCUGAUGGCCGUACGCUGAUUCUGCGUGAGAUCCUGUCUUACUCAGUGCCGCCAUGUCGACCCCAGGGCCUCUCGCGCAAUGCCUCUCUGUCGGAUCUGCGAGUGAGGGACGGCAAUGCGCUGUGGCGGGACGGCGAUGCCGAGCAGUGGGCCGCUCGCCGCCGGUGUGCUGCACAGUAUAUCUUCACCUUUGACAGAGGUGAGGUGAGGUGGCAUGGCGUGGGGCAGUCAGUGAUCAGAUGGGAUGGGACGAGAGGAGGGGAUAUGGAUGGAUGCGCGUGUGUGUGUGUGUGUUCAGUGUUUGGUGUGGGUGCUACCCAGGAGGCCGUGUACGAGAGCAUGGUGCGGCCGGCUGUGCGGCAGGCGAAAGAGGGCUUCUCAUCCACCAUUUUCGCAUAUGGACAAACAGGUGGGCUUACACGACUGACGCCCGCAUUCUUUCGUCUGCACGCGUGACGUACUUACAGGGGCCGGCAAGACGUAUACGAUGGAGGGCAUCUUGGACCGGCCAAACCACCCACAGAGAGGUAGGCAGGUCGGAAGGUGGGCAGGCACCGACACACACACACACACACACACCAACGUUGGCACCUAUUCAGGCAUUUGCCCUCGUGCUGUGGCGGACCUGUUUGCCCUGGGGCGGCAGCAGGGCAGUGGUUUGGGGCCGUUUCGCAUGAGAGUGUCGUUCGUGCAGAUAUACAACGAGGCAAGAAGGAGGGAUCAAGAAUUCUCGACAUCAUGUGUUUGUGUGACGCACGCAAAAAUUGUUAAAAUUCUUUCGCAGGUAGUGACGGACCUGCUGCAGCCUUCCAACACGAAUCUGCCAAUGCGGUAUGCUAUGCGCGCCUCAGCCCGCACACAAGGCGGAUGGCAUGGAAACACAUGCCUGCCUGCCUGCCUGCCUGCCGUGUGUGGGUGUCAUGUCCGUUCAUCUGUCAGUGAGGACAAGCGCCGCGGCGUCUUUGUGGACGGCUUAUCGGAGUGGCCUCUCACUCACCCUCAAGACAUCUAUCGGUCGCUCAACUCAACCAGAAAGAAAGAGAGAGCACUGUUGCGCAUCCCCUGUCUGUCUGUUUGUCUGUCCGUCCGUCUGUCCGUCCGUCCGUCAAUCAGCAUACUGUCCCAGGUCGACGACGUGCGGCCGAUCGCGCCAACAACGGUCAACGACAGGUCCUCCCGCAGCCAUACCAUGCUCACCCUGCAGAUAGACAACAACAGCCCCCACCCACACCCACAACCACACGCACACGAGCCCCAGCCCGCUCUGUGUGCGCCUGGUCGUCGUGGGGGGCGGCUGCAUCUGGUGGACCUGGCUGGAAGCGAACGUGUGCGGCUGACUGGGGCCACUGGUGUGCGUCUGGAGGAGAGCAAGCGCAUCAAUCAGUCGCUGGCCGCACUGGGGAAUGUUGUCAUGGCUCUCACACACGGGAGGAAGGUACGAGCGAAACAGGGAGGGAGGGAGGGAGGGAGGGGUGAACGGUUCCUUCCUUCCGAUGUGCGGAUGUGUGUAUGUGUGUAUGUGUGUGUGUGUGUGCGUCAGCAUGUGCCGUAUCGUGACAGCAAGCUGACCAGGCUGCUGCAGGACUCUCUCGGCGGUUGGUGCAUCACCACUCUCAUCGCAUGCAUCGCACCCACUCCCGAGGUACAGUACUCAGGCGUCUAGACAUUCCGAGCAUGGCACAGCACAGCACCCCUUUGUCUUUCUUUCCCGUGUGUGUUGUGUUCUCUCUUCAGUCGUUCGGUGAGAGCCUGUCCACCCUCAAGUUUGCGCUGAGGUCCAACAGAGUGCACAAUGAGCCGCAGAUACAGGUAGGUAGCUCGUACACACACACAGACAGAAAUCACAUAUAUGCACUCAUAUCCACUACACACAGAUAGAGGAGCUGCCCUGGACAGCCUCAAUGGCCUCCGCAAACAUGCGCCACGUUGCUGCCGGACUUCGGCAAGACCUCACCUCAACAAACGACGUAAGCAUAGCACACGACAGCAGAAGAGUUGUCAAUUGGUCGCCAUCCAAUCCAUGUGCUGCAGGCUGCAUCCAUCCCCUCAGGCCCCUUCUCCCGCGCCGGCAGCCGCCCCAGGACGCCUCACGAGGGCCGUGAUGCCACGAGCCUUCUCGGCAUGGCGACCGACGGCAGCAGGUCGCGGUGCCCGUCGCGUCGGCGUGAGCGUGAGGGCGAGACGGGCCAGGUCAAUCGGUAUCGUCAGUUGUUGAUGCGGCAGAGGGAGACCAUGGCUGGUAGGAAUUGCUAUGGCUAUCUUUGUAUGCAUGAAUGGAUAGAUGGAUGGAUGGGCGGUAUGCAGAGUUGGCGUCGAGUCUUGCGCAUCGUGACGAGAAGCUUAGGAGCCUGCAACACCAAUACGACUCGCUGCAGCAGUAGGGACAGCACCCUUACCACAUCCACAUGGGAGGCGUGGAUGGUAUGGAUGGAUGGAUGGAUGUGUGUGUCAGGGAGCACCUGUCGCUCAUCUCCCAGCUGCAGCCGGCCCCCCUCGCCCCAUCUCGCUCCGUGCAGACAGUGCCCCACACUCCCUCAUCCACACCUCUCUACUUUCCCGGCGCCACAAGGCAAGAGCCAUCUGACAUCGAUAUCGACAUCGACGACAGCUGCCCACCGCCCUCAAUCGGCGUCAGAAGUGGCCGGCAGGUCGAGCCCUUCCCCGUCGACCACUCCCCUCACUAUGUGCCCUCUGCACAGGGGAGCAUGGCCAUCAGCCAGACGACUCGGCUUCGUCUCGGCGACCCCUCCCCUCCUCGUGCACGCGCCGCUCGCUCAGCCUGCAGCUCACCCCUGCGGCCAGUUGGGGGCACUGGCGGGCAACCAAGACGGCAGUCGCCAUUCGCUGCCCGUGGGCGGGACCUCCCCUCCGUCCCUAUCGUCGAGGGAGUGCCGUCGCCCUUCUCUCAUCAGUCCGCCAGAAGGAGGAUAGACAACCAGCAGACGUCAUCUGCGCGGCUGGUCGGCGGAGACCGGGCCACAUUAUCCACUUCCAGUGCUUCGGCAGUGCCAAUUAGCAGCACCGACCCUGUCUUCUCCUUCCUGGACGGCCUGAGAGGCAAGGCCGCGUCGAUGAGGGCAGAUGAGCCACGAGAUGUGGAUCAUGAUCAUGGCCCUUCCCAAGCUGACCCUGGCCACCCUCCGGCAGCACCAGCAGCGGCGUGGGAGGACUCUCCCUCCCUGUGGCUUGACUCCCUUCUCGAUGGCCUCGACACAUCAGCACCUCCCAGCGGCACCAAGAUCAGACCAUCAUCGUCUCUGCGUUCGAAGGAUGCCGCCCUGAUCCGAGACGCAUUGGACGAUGUGGCACUGUCGAGGGGGCGUGCCAUUGCCGUGGGGAGCAAGGCGGAUGCGGCACUGGCUGAGAUGGGCAUAGGGGGGGAGGGUGUGGGCAAGCGAUGGAUGGGCACACCUAGCUUUGGCCGGUUGGGGGAGGAUAGAUGAGCUGUGUGGCGGUCGCUACUUGUGAGUAUUUGUCUGUGCUGCACAUAUAUACAUAGUGGAAUGGAAUGGAAUGGACCAGCUCGAAAGAAAGUGCCUU